AUGAACGAUUUUGAAUAUGUGCGUCCAGGGCGGCCAGCGAAUGUGGACAAAUGUGUGAUUCGUGAUAUCCUUCUUCAACAUAAGGAUCAAAUUAUCGUGGAUAGAAAAAUUGUUCCUAAAAAAUAUCCUGUUUGGAGUGUUUUAUCAAGAAAAUUAGAUUCCAAAAUCUCAGCAAUAUCUCUGUAUGUUAUGGCAUUCAAGGAGAAAGAAAAUUUGCUCAGUGAAAUCGAUGGGAACAGCAGUACUUCCCUUCACGAUAAUAGUGCAGGGGAUAGUGAAGAAUCUCUGCAAACAAGCUUAAACACCUCGGAACUUUCAUCCGAAGAACUGUUUUGCUUAGAAGUUCCUGCAGAAGACUUCGAAAAUCUCUUGGAGACCAGAAAAUCCGUUAGAAGAGAUAAUCUCAGGGGAAAACGGUUCACCAGAACAAAUAUAAAAUUAAAGAAGGGAAUAUGGCAAUUCUGGAUAACAAACGAACUUUGGUUACAUUUUAAAGUCAAAUGUGGCUUCAACUAUGAAUAUAACUAUGUUACAUCCGAUACAACACAUGCAAAAAUAAAGGGUCACUGUGAUUGUGGGAAUAUAAUAAAUGUUGAUCUCAUGAAACAAUCCGAUGAUAAAGUGAGAAUCGAAUGUAGAAUUACAAACAUCUUCAAAGUUAAAGGUAUAUGUGGAAAGAGAUACCUCAGGGAACCAUUAAGAACGAAGAUGGUAGAAAAAUUGAAAAUAAAAUCAACGGUUGUAUUUCGAUCUGAAGAGGCUAAUAAGUUGAUGGAAGAAGGAGAUGUGGAACCUCCUCAUCUAUAUAGAGCUGAGGUCUUAUCAACAGCCAAAAAUCAAAUUAUAUCCAAGACGUAUCUAUCCAAGAACCCCAUAACUGCUCUGCAUUUCCUAAAAGUUGGCUCGUUACAAGGAUCGAUACAUAAUAUAGGCUUGGAUCCUUUUUUUGUACAUUUCUGGUCAAUCCACCAACAACACAUAUACAGAUCUUGUAUGAAGAAUGAUCACUGUGCAAUUUCAAUAGACGCCACGGGAAGCAUAAUAAAAAAAAAUAAAAAACCUGAUGGAUCCCAAAGUAACAACAUAUUUUUAUACAAUGCUGUCAUGUAUACUCGAAAUAAACAAAUUCCAAUUUUCCAUAUGCUUACAGAAAAGCAUAAUACCAACAUGAUAUCCUAUUGGCUGGGGGAAUGGUUGAGAUCAGGUAAUCCUCUUCCUGUUGAAGUCAUAUGUGAUUCAUCUAUAGCACUGUUGACUGCAUGUACACGAGUUUUCACUGGUUUUUUGACGAUUUCUGAUUACGUUGAUGCUUUGUGCACAAGGCAUAUUGCUUGUUACAUCAGAAUAGACGUAGCUCAUUUCAUUAAAAUGUAUGCAGUUUUUUUGAAAACAUGUAAUAAGUCCGUUAAAUCUUUAUACUUGGGAAUAAUUGGUCAAAUAAUUAUGUGUAAAGAUGAAAACAUGGCAAAAACAAUUAUAUUUCAUCUGUUACUGAUAUCGAAGAGUAAAAGGUGUGGGAAUCUGCCAUCCGGUGAAAUUUCUAGAUGUUCGACCAGUAAAAAAUAUUUGAAAUCAUUAUUGGAUCCCAAUACUGCCUACGAUACUGCAUACGAUAUGGAAGAAACUGGAGAUAUCGAUAGUGGAGAUAUUGAUACUGAAAGUAUUCUCUUCAAUGACAAUGAAGAAGUUGAAAAUAUUUGGCUUCGUUGGGGUUCACAAAUUGAUGAAGAAGUCAAAAACGUCGUCAACCAGGAAAAUGCAGAUGAUGAUAAUGCUCAUUUUCUCCCACAAUUUUCUGAAAAGUUAUUGAAAAGUUUGCGAUGGUUUCCAUUGUGGUCCAACAUUUAUCACAGCAAAUUCAAAUCUGCAAGAGUUCCAGCUUCCAGUGCUCCGGUAGAGGGAGAGUUCAACAUUGUAAAGAAUCAUGUUUUCAAAAUGUUUCCGAAGCCUAUCCGACCCGAUGUGUUUGUAGAAAAAUAUUCGGAAUACAUGAAAGGGAAAUGUAAAAUUAUAGAUGCUGAACUUACAGAAAUAAUGGAUGUGGAUGUAGUGACUGGAGAAUAUGAUCCAGAUGAAACAUCGGGGAGGACUUUUGAAGCUAUAAAAGCGAUCCAGGAAGUAGAAGAUUGGGGUGGAUUGGCGACAGCAGUCAAAAGUCGUGGUUCAAGAUACCUUACCAAGAAUUACGAUCUAUUUCAGGCUACAAAUGAAAACAAAAAAUUACAGAAAAUUCCAAUUAUGAAGAAUGGUAAUAUAUCGAGCUUACAAGCAAUAAAAUUCAAGAAAGAAGAAUUCUCUUUUGGCAAUACGUGUGCUUUUGAUAGUUUAUUGCAGAUUUUCCUAGUAGGAGUUUUUGACCACCCACAACUUAGAGAAGUAUUGCUAAGAUUACAAAAAGAUAUGAAAUUUGCCGAGCUGGUUCUAUACAUUUCGAACAAUGGAAUCAACCAACAUGCAUACAGGUUGAGAGGUGAAAUAUUGAAGGAGAUUUAUAAAGAAUCGACAAAUGUUCUCCUGGAAAAUCAUUAUUUGGUUAACUGCGAAUCAAAUAUAAUCACCGUUGUAACAAAUAUAUUUGGAAAUCUUCCAAGCAUCCAGGAAGCAGCCGUUACUUCUUGGAUCAUAUCCAUUCAACACCCCAUUGUCGGAGUGCAAAUUAAACCGGGAAAAUACGGAGAAGCACCACUCGUUGAGUUGGACGAUUGUAAGGUGUUUCUACCACAAGCUCAGGAGAAGUUAUCGAUUCAAUUGUGA